GCCAGAGCGUCUAGUUACCAGCCCCAGCACGAUGCCGCGGCGGAGUCUAGGGAGACCAGCUGCCGCUGUCUGUGGGGCGACCCACCCAGCCGGGGUCUUACUUUAGGGGCCUUCCCAUGGCUUCCCCAGAGAAGGUGGAGGCAGUGGCCAAAGGAAAGGGGUUCUGGCGCUGCCCCAAGCAGGCCACUUACACCCCUGAGACCUGCGAGCUCCUCAGAGUGAUGAUGAAGGAGUCCAGACUGACCGAAUUCCAACAGCGCCACAUCAUGGACACCAUGAAAAGAGGAGACACGCUGCCCCUCCACUGCAGCCCGACGUGCAGCCAGAGGGUGCUGCCUCCCAAGCAGCCGGACCCAGCCAUCUGCCUGCCCCCCAUCCUGGUGGCCCGGUCCCACCUCCGGCCUGCCAGCCUGUGCCAGGCCAACGGGGCCUACAGCCGGGAGCAGUUCAAGCCUCGAGCCACCCGAGAUCUGGAGAAGGAGAAGCGAAGACUCCAAAAUAUCUUUGCCAUGGGAAAGGACAAAGGGGAGCGGAAAAGGAAGCCCCCUCCUACAAAGCAACAAAAGGCCCCGGCCCCCGAGCCAGACCGCUUUGAAGAACUGGUCAAGGAAAUUCAGGAGAGGAAAGAGUUCCUGGCUGACAUGGAGGCCCUGGGGCAGGGCAGGCAGUACCGAGGGAUCAUCCUUGCUGAAAUCUCCCAGGUAGGAGAAGCCACGGGCCAGUGGGAGGGGACGCAGCCACCACCAUGUGGGGGACGUGAUUCGAGUAGAAAUGAAGGGCCAGCUGCGGCUGAGGCCCGGGGAGUCCAGCUCAGCCCCCCUCUCUGUCGUCCCCUGGCGUUCCUCCCCCGACACCCAGCUCUCCCGGAUGCCCUCUGCAGAAACUGCGGGAGAUGGAAGACAUCGACCACCAGAGGAGUGCGCAACUCAGGGAGGCUCUCAUCCCAGCCUAAUGUGUCUGCUGGAGUAGCCCAGCCUCAACCAGCGGAGCCCACGCCCUUGCCAAGCAGGGUCAUUCCCAGGUCUGCCCGCCCAGCCUGGCCUUCAGCCACGGCAGACGGGCACACGGCACUGCCCGGGCCUGGUGUUCUCUGAGCACGUCGGAGACUGUACCCAGGGGCCCUGGGGCGCCUGCGCCCCUGAGACCCAGUCACAUGCACACACGACUUGGAGUCUUUUCUUGGGGAAAAGCGAGGCUUGAGCCCCCCCGUCUUGGGUGAAUGUCCAAGUGCACCCGAAGGGCCCUCUCCCCACCAUCGCCGCCCCACCGUGCGUGCCCACGUUUAGCCUUCUGAGCUCGGGAAUGGAUAUCCCUUUCUUCCUCCCCGUCUCAGUGCCUGCCGCCUCGACUGACAGCCACAGGCGAGUGUUUAACCGCUGUGGUUAAUUGGCCAAUAAAACACACUUAACGUGGGUCACUGCACACGUUGCUUUGUUUUCAGAGGGAUAAGGCUUAUUUGUUCAAGGAGUGAGAAUUCUUCAAGCAUGUUUCUAGCUGUUUGCACAUCUCAAGCGGGAAUGGGAACCAACACUUCCUGAGCGCCCAUGGCCGGACGCUGCGGUCGGUGCCGAGUCUCACUCGAAGGUCCUUCUCCCAGCAGCCCCUGCAGGGGCCCCGCGGCCCCGGGUGGAAACCGAGGCUCACCAAGGCACAGAAGCAGGGUCAUUUCACUAGCCAGCAGCCUGCUCAGCAAUGAAAGUUAGCUUUACGUCUCCCCACUAAACCCACAGCCCACAGGAAGAAACACAAAGGGUGGGGGAGAAUCCGGACCGAGCGCCCUGGCUUUGGCGCUCCGAUCCAGCCCGUGGGGUGUGAGCGUGGGUGCCCUCCCCCGCCCCCCCGGCCCGCCUCAGCUCUGACUGCCCAGUCGGGAGGCCCAGCCUCACGGGGGCGUCUGCCCACAGGGCGGCCCUGGGCCUGGCGCAGCGCACACCGCAGGCCCCGGGUCUUCUGGCCACCACAAGCCCUGCGUUCCCCAGUCUUCUGUCAUUUCCCCGUCUCCUUAAGUCAGAACAUUUUGGAAAUUUCAACCAAUCCUCCCACCUGGAGGUCACAUGACCCAAGUUUUCGUUUGUAGGGCAAACUCUGCCUGCAGCCUCAGACAGAGGAGAGGGGCCAGUUCGAGACCAUUCUGUGGGAGGCCUGUGUCCACGCACCCUCCAGAACCUGAGGCCAGAGGCUGCAGA